AUGACAAUAAGUAAUAUUGAUAUUAAUAAAGUAUCAAAUGAUGAUUCGCUAUAUAUUGGAGUAAUAGAUCUUAGUUCAGAAAAAUAUAAUAUAUCAGAAAGUAGUUAUAAAUCCCUUAUUGGAGAGAAAGUUAAUAUAAGAAACUUAAGCAAAGAUGCAGAAAUUGAAAAUAAUCACAUUAAGGAAUGCAUAGCUGGUAAAAUUGCUGAUAUACUUUUACAGAAAAUUAAGUUAAAUGCACUUCAAAGGGUUUCUGAAGGAUCUGAAAAUAUGUUAGUAGAAAUUAUUGCUCUCUUAAUAGACAUGGUUAUGUAUCAUUUACCAGUAUACUAUGAUAUUGAAGUUACUAAGGCCAGACGUCAAA